CCAGCUUUAUCUUCAGCCGCGCGCAGCCGCUCUUUUCUACCCCAGCGCCGCGCGCAUGCCCCUGUCGCGCAGCUCCUGGCUCGCCCCUGCGAUCGCCAUGGCGAUUCCCCCUGCGUCAGCUUCCUCGGCGUUCAUCACCCUGCUCCCCUCGCCGGCGCCGAGUUCCUGCCCCAUCUUCCUCGCCGAGCUUCUCUGCUGCGCGCUGGUUUCUCCCCCAUGGCGCAUCACUGCUCGGUUCCAUGGCCAGCCGAAGCUCCCUGACGUUCGUCCUGACCGCCGCGCCUUCUCUCUCUGCUUGCUGCUCGCCGGUGCCCUGUCCCAGUGUCGCGGCGCCCUGCUCAUUCUUCCUGGCGCUCGGCCUUGAAGCUCCCUUGGCUGCCUGCGUCGCGCCCAGUUCUCCUCCCUUUCCCAUGGCUGCUCUCUCUCCUUCCUCUCCCUCCUCUGCGCAGCGCCGCAUCUCUCUGCUGGUCACGGCACGUCGAGCCCCCAGCGCUGCGGCCCUUUCCCCAGCUUCUUUCUCCCUGCGGCAGCUCGCCCUCGCUUGUGCCGCGCCCCUGCGCUCGUCGCGGCGCUCCAGCUCGCCCAUCUGCGCGCAGCCACGAACUCCCCUGCGCUCUGCUCGCAGCGCCGCAGUUCUUUCUCCCGGCUCCCUCUGUCCGUUCUCGACCGCGCCUUGCUCCCUGGACGCGCACGCAGCGUUCCGUCGUCCCUCGCCAUGCCGAGUUCUCUGCGCGCAGUCGCGUCCCACUGCUUGGCUAUGGCCACCAUCGUGCCUAGGAUUUGUGCAUCCUUCUCUGUUCAGCCUCGGCAAAAAAAAACUCUGGAUGCUUGGACCCCGCCUCGACCAAGUCUUCCGUUUUGGCCGUCAUAGGUUGUCGUCGUUCAUCAUCGCGUCGUGCAGCAGCGCGUCCCUUAUCGUGCCCAUGCUUAAUACUGCCAUUCCUGCUGUGCCUCGCUUCCGUUGUGUUCGAUUAAAUGUUGGACCAAGAUUCCACGAUGUCACUCAUCCUCGUUGUGAAACCCUCACGCUCAUCAUCCCCUGUUCGAUCUCGUCGUCGAGCUUCGCCUCAGACUUAGCUCGUCGGUCACGCUCGCCAGAUGUUCGAUCAAGGACUUCAGCUGAAGGCCGUCGUUGUUCAGGCAACUACCAAAUCGAAUUGUGAUGUGGUGAGCCGAUUCGCUAUUUUUACUAUCGGUUUUAUGAUCGUAAAAUAAGACGCUUCGUAUGCGUAUACGAUUAAGUUAGAAAUACCAGUGAUGCGAGGUGUGCGCUUGGUAAUUAUGGCUAGAUCCGUUGUUAUGGUGU